AUGGAGAUCAAGAGAAAAAGGGAGAUCAAGAGAAAAAGGGAGAUCAAGAGAAAAAGGGAGAUCAAGAGAAAAAGUGGGAACAAGAGAAAAAAGGGAGAUCAAGAGAAAAAGGGAGAUCAAGAGAAAAAGGGAGAUCAAGAGAAAAAGGGAGAUCAAGAGAAAAAGUGGGAACAAGAGAAAAAAGGGAGAUCAAGAGAAAAAGGGAGAUCAAUAGAAAAAGGGAGAUCAAGAGAAAAAGUGAGAACAAGAGAAAAAGGGAGAUCAAGAGAAAAAAGGGAGAUCAAGAGAAAAAGGGAGAUCAAUAGAAAAAGUGAGAACAAGAGAAAAAAAGAGAACAAGAGAAAAAGUGAGAACAAGAGAAAAAGGGAGAUCAAGAGAAAAAGGGAGAUCAAGAGAAAAAGUGGGAACAAGAGAAAAAAGGGAGAUCAAGAGAAAAAGGGAGAUCAAGAGAAAAAGGGAGAUCAAGAGAAAAAGGGAGAUCAAGAGAAAAAGUGGGAACAAGAGAAAAAAGGGAGAUCAAGAGAAAAAGGGAGAUCAAUAGAAAAAGUGAGAACAAGAGAAAAAGUGAGAACAAGAGAUAAAGAGUGA